AUGGAAAUAGAACGUGAAAGGCGACGAUUACGAGCUCAGAAGAAGGAAAAUCGAAAAAAGGAGUUGGAAGAGGCAAAAGAGGACGAAAAAAAGAAAUGGCUUUCGUUUAAUGCCAAAGCAGCGAAUCGAAGCAUGAAGGGAUUUAAACGACCAAUAGCAUCGGGAUCAGCCCCGGAUGGACCAGCCUGGGGAAUCACUUCACAGACCAGGAUAUCAUCAAGACAGGAUCUCGGUGCUUUCAAAUCCACACAGCGCGGAAAUAUGGAUUCACUGUUUUGA